AUGAGACCACCGAUGGCGACUCUCCCAGAGGGCCAUGGCUGCGUCUACAAGGAAGUUCGCUUCUCGCCUACAUCAACACCUAUCCGCCGAGUACAAUCAGUUUCGGGCAGUAAUCCCUCCGCACACUCUAAAUAUGGCCAACCACCGGGUUCCCGACGGGCUUUCGCUCCCUUAGACACUUCAUAUAUUGAUCAAUCGCGAGAGCUUCUGGAGAAACAACGAAGGCACUUUGAGACGGAAAGGGUGCUUUUUUCUGAAGAGAGGCGGCUGUGGGAAAACGAACGGUCGCUUCUCAGGGCAAGAAUUGAAGAGCUAGAGUCAUUGUUGAAAUACGAAACACCUAAAAAUGGACCAGCUUCUCAUUCUGCCAAUCUCGUGUUUGGUGUUCCGCAGUAUCAAAGCAACACUGACGCGGCCCUACCCUCAGCGCAAGUGUGGGAGGGAACGAGUCCAGGAGGCCGACCGACAAGGGUCUUUCGCGACGAAGAGAUGCUAGAAAAUGGCUUUUUGUCGCCGGUCAGUGAGGGGAGUGAUAAUAAACCCCCGUCCUUGGAUGCAGCCCUUUCACCCAAGGCUCAACCUGCAGAUGCUCCUGGGGCGACCGUUAGCGUACCCGUGCCGAUCGAGAAGCUUGACAGUAGAUUGGACGGCAUUAUCCUCAAGUCUACUGGCUUGCCGCCUGGUGUUGUGGCUCAGGUUAUCACCCCGCCGUCGCCCCUGGCGACCUCCCCUCCUGCUGCCCCUUCGGAAGAACCUGCAAGGUCCGAGAUAGAGCACCGAAACAGUCUCAAAUUGAAGCUGUCAGAACUCGGCCCGCCCAAUGAGAAUCUCGUGCGAAAUGCCGGCCAUACUCCCAUGGCUAUCAUUGAAGCCGAUGGAAGUCUCAGAUCAACACAGGAUGCCACUCCUUUCCCCGAACCCCAAUCACAGGAGGAGGCUCCUUUAGCUCCCGUGCAGACCACAGCCCGGCAACCAAAGGAAAACUCCGAGUCUUAUUUUCCCGAUCUGCCUGAAGAUCCUGCCCUGAAGGGGCCCCUUGGUCUCACAAACGAUGAAGAGCAUGAUAAUAGCUUCCUAUCUGAGCUUGAUCAGAAACUCCUCGACCAAGCCAGGCGGAUUUUAUCAAACCCAGGAGAGUCUGCUGAUCCUAACGAGAGCGAGCCUGAAUUGCCGAGCCAAGGCGACCAGGAGCCUGAAAUUAAGUUCAAAAAAUCGACCAACUUUGGGACGGCCUUUGGAAUAACCAGUUGA